ACGGCGCUGCCAUCGCUGCCUUCACACAAGUAGCCACGGCGAGGCUUGGCUGUCCUGCCUCCUCCCCUACCUCCCCUGCCUCAACUCGUGUUUCCAUCUGCCUGGGUCCCCCGGCUUUUCUGACCUGGAGUUUCUCCUCUCCCGCACCGCACCACCUCCCUUUUUCAAUCAGCCUCUAGUCAUGCAACAGAUCCAACACACCCCCAUUGCGCCAUCGUUGUAGUGGUUAGCGCGCAGCUUCAGCCCUCCCCUGGCCGCCUCAAGUGCCCACCUCCACCCACUGCCAUUAACAUAUAUUAAAUGCGAACAACGUCUUCGUCAAGUGUUCUUACCGCGCAACGACGAAUUAGUGUGUUACAGGCCAAUGCCAGUGUUGCUCUUGCUAUUUGCAGGAAAUUUAGUGGAGAUUGUGGAGUGAAGUUGAAGGAUAAGGUUUUUUGACGGUUGUUCUAAGUUGCCCCAGUUCUGUAGUCGCUUACCGGGUGUAACCCAGUCCGGAGGUUGUCAUCUCGGCGUGGUGUGGAAGGCACAGACGGAAUCUUUUUGGGUACCCUGGGCUGUUGUUUGAGGAAUUGUAGUUGAAGAAGGAAACAGAGUCGAAGCUGUGUAUGGUGUUAGUCGUUUCUCGGCGGUAGUUUCCACCUCCGAGGAAUUGUGUGGACUUGGUGGAGUUUGUUGAGGUACUAUUUAGAAAGACGUGUCAUAUAGCAGGUGAUGCGAGCUCGCUGAAGUUGAUUCUGAAUCAAUCGCCUCCAAUUUUGGGUUGGAAAACUGAUGGCCAUGACCGCUCUGUCAUGUGCCGGUUUGCCGGUGGCCUCUUCACUUGCAACUUCUUACAUCGAAUGUAGCGCGAAUGCUUCCUCUGCUCCCAGAGAUGUGAAGCCGAGCACGAGCGUAAGCAAGGCUGCAAUGGAGCCGUGCUUUGUUUGCAGGCACCCAGCCGCUUCCGGCUCUCGGAAUUCGCUCGGACCGGGCAGGACGACAGGGCUGAACGGCAGCCACAGAAGCGAGGAUAAGAGUAGACGCCGGCUCGAGACCGUGCCACAGGCUGCGCCACCAACUCUGAGUUUUCCUGAGAGAAACUCCAUGGCGAACUUGGAGACAGGCGCUGUUCCUGAUAUAUCUGAAUUGAAUACUUUCUCAGGACGGAAGACUAUGAAUGGUGGUGCUACUUCAUUGCCGAGUACAGACAAGGCCGAAGGAAAGUCGAAAUUAACCUUAGCAGACUUAGUAAACCCUGUUUCAGACGACCUGAGGCUCUUAAACGAUAACUUGCAGAAGAUUGUGGGUGCCGACAAUCCCAUGCUCAUGGCUGCAGCAAAGCAAAUCUUCGGCGCUGGUGGAAAGCGAAUGAGGCCUGCUUUAGUCUUUCUCGUCUCGAGAGCCACUUGCCAACUCUCCAACAUACAGGAGUUGCGGCCUCAGCAUAGACGCUUAGCAGAAAUUACCGAAAUGAUCCACACUGCCAGUUUGAUCCAUGACGAUGUUUUAGAUGAAAGUGACACAAGGCGGGGCAAGGAAACUGUCCAUCAAACGUUUGGGACACGAGUUGCUGUACUAGCCGGUGACUUUAUGUUUGCGCAGUCUUCUUGGUAUUUGGCUAACCUCGACAACCUGGAAGUUAUCAAACUCAUCAGUCAGGUGAUCAGAGAUUUCGCAAGUGGAGAGAUCAAACAAGCACAGAACUUGUUCGAUACCGAGGUUACGCUGCAAAACUAUUUAGAUAAGAGUUACUACAAGACCGCGUCACUGAUAGCUUCUAGUACUAAGUCGGCCGCCAUUUUUAGCGACUCCACCCCUAGCGUAUCCAACGCCAUGUUUGAUUAUGGGAUGCACUUAGGUCUCGCCUUCCAAGUGGUAGACGAUAUUUUGGAUUUUACACAGACAUCAGAGCAGCUGGGGAAGCCUGCAGGAAGCGACUUGUCUAAGGGCAACCUUACUGCACCAGUUUUGUUUGCUUUGGAAAAAGAGCCUGAGCUGCGGGAUCUAAUCGACACCGAGUUUACUGAAGAGGGAUCUUUAGAAGCAGCCAUUGCGCUUGUACACCGUGGUGGUGGGAUUGACAGAGCUCGUACUCUUGCCAAGGAGCAAGGUGAUUUGGCGAAAAAAUCCUUGGAAUGUUUGCCUCAGGGAGAUACCAGGCGAUCGUUGGAAAGGAUGGUGGAUUAUGUACUGGAGCGUAUAUAUUAGGGACGUUUGGAGGACUAAUUUGACGACUCUUCGGCGAACUUGCCGUUUGUAACAAUAGUGAAAGCCGCCCCUCCCGCAUUUUUUUUUUUUUUUUUUUUUUUUUUUUUCCCUUCUUUUUUCUCCUUUUCUCCCUUUUAUUGGGCACCCUUUUCAUGUGUAGUUUAAAUUCAUUUGGUUUUGCCAAAAGGCAACGUAACAUCAAUAUAAUCACGCGUUCUAACAUCGAGGAAUGUCCAGAUUUUCUGAGUUGGGUGCAUCGUAGUAAGGUUACCAGGAUCGACUAGUCGUGUGCUAGUUUGUUUUAUUUUAGACCUGGCGAAACGAGCGAUUGUUGGUCCCUUUAGCAGCAAUGUAUUUUUAUCUGGAGAGAUUGAUCUAGCCAGUUGUAACUGCAAAAAAAACACCGUCAAUUAAGAUUGCUCUAUACUUUUUACCGGGAA